UAAAGGGGAAACAGGCUCACAGAGGCAGGGACUUUUCUCUCUCUAUACACAGUGCUGGACUUCAGUGUAUGUUUACAGUGCGUGUUUCCUCAGCAUGUUUUUGCACGGCCAACCAAGUCUUAAAGGAGCUCCAGGAUCACUGUAAGGCUCUCAGGACGGGACUGUUGAAUUUGACAGAUCACGGUGGGAAGGAGAAUCAAUGCCUAAAGAAGGAGCAGUCUGAGUCGGCUGCAGCCAUGACCAUGUCUGAGAUCAAGGAUCUAACUUUGUGAUAACUGCCUAGGAACACCUUUACCUUCUUUAGCAUAAAAAAGUGGACUUUUUCUUCCUGACUGCAACUUCAGGCAUUGCUGUGGAAACACCAGUGUAAUGUCAAUCCUGAAAAACAUGACUACAAAUAGAACCAUUGAUCACUGCAAGGUACCCAAUCCAACCACAUAUGAAACCUUCUCCUGGCUGAUGAUUGGAGAGUUUGCGCUGGGUCUGCCUCUCAACCUGUCGGUCCUCUACGUCUUCAUCUUCAGGUUCAAGUUCUGGAAGAACAAAAGCAUCUUCCUGUUCAAUAUUGUUGUUGCUGAUUUCCUGCUGGUGGCCUGUCUUCCUGCCAAGGCAUACCACUUCCGACAUGGCAUGAGACGCAGUAGGAACCAAUCGGUGUGUAAGCUGAUGCUCUUCAUGCUGUUUCUCAACCGCGGGGCCAGCAUCGCCUUCCUCAUCACCCUGUCCCUUGAUCGCUACUUCAAUGUGGUGCAUCUGGGACGGAGGAACUUUGUCAAAGUGUUGAAGAAAUCCCCCCAAAUCUCCAUCAUCAUCUGGCUUCUCUUGCUGCCCUUCACCAUCCCCACCAUGGUUCAGACAUUUGAGUGCUGCAACAGCCACGGCAGAGAGGUGGAGACUAUUUAUCACGAUGUGACGGACACCUUCAGAGAGGUGGUCUUCUUCACCCAGAUCAUCAUCCCCUUCAUCAUCCUCGUGUACUGCACCGUGCGCAUCGUGAACCGACUGAGGAAGAAGACAGUGGGGGAAAAGACAAAACUGAGGAGGGCCGUGUGGGUGGUCAUGUCUGUCGUAGUUGUCUUCUCCAUCUGUUUCCUGCCUUGCACCGUGGCCCGAGCAGUGCUGCUAGGCUUCAGGCUGAUGAAAAUGCAAAAGGAGGAGAACAUAGCAGUUCAGGUCUAUGAUGGCCUCAUGGUGUUGUCCUACAUCGACUGCCUGCUCGACCCCCUAGUUUACUGCUUCUGUAACUCUGGGUUUAAAGAUGCUUACAUAGCCACCUUCUUUCCAACAUGUCUUCAGAAGAAACUCCUAAAAUCAGACUUUAAAUUAGGAGUUACAACAACAACAAUGACAACACCCACAACAUCUGGGACUAGAACCAUAAUUUUGCCCAUCAUUGAGAAAUGAUCAUCUUUUCUUAUAGAUGGUAAUAGAGAGAACCUCAGAAACAGAACCACACAGAUCCACUGGUACACCCACACAGGUGUUUUCAUUGUUAAGCUGAGAUUUGAUCUUUGAAAAUGUGCUGACACAGGAGGUAGUCUAAAAUGCAGCAGGUGCUCAUUUUUAAUCUGGGACUGCGUUUCCUCUGUUUGUGUUAUCUUCCAUUCCAAUGCACAAAUGGAAACUUUAGUGCACCGCCUUGUUGUAAUCUUGAUUAUAAAGUAAUUACAAUAAAAUCUGGUGUAUGUGACGCACGUUUUUUCAUCUGAAAAAUGGGUGUCUUAUGUAGCAGUGCAGCCCUCAAAAAUUCAGACAUACACCGUUAUGACCACAAGCAAAGAUGCCAAAUUCAAACACUGCACAAGACCUGAGAUGAUUCAAUUUGAAUCUUGACUCACAGGGUACAAUUCAGAUCACUUACAAUUCAUUAAAAAACAGAAGGAUUCAGUCUGAUCUGAUUCUGUUUGAUUCACUUGGAUUCAGUUUGAAUGUAAACUGAUGAAAUCCAAUAACUUUUUGCUUUGUAGUCUAAACCUGAUUACUUUUGUAGUCAGGUUUAGAGGAAGAGAGUUGAAUGCCUGUGUGGGUGUACAGAGCAUUGACAGGGAAAUGUUGUUACUGGCUUCAUAUUAGAGGCUUAUACCCGAUCUGAUGGUAAAUUCAGUAUGUUAAAUCAAUUGUAAAGGUAUAAAGACAAUGUGCCAGAUGUAAAUUUACUUCAGCUGCAAACUUUGAAUAGUAUCUACAAUGUAUAUAUGUAUUUUUUUAUCAUCAUUACUUGAAUAUAUUUUCAAUGUGGAUUUAUUCAAUCCAGGGUUGAACAAGAAGUUGUAUCAUUCCUUAUAUCAUCCUUCAGAUCACGUUUUCUUGCAUGCAGUAUGACAGCCAGUGCUACAACUUCUAACCUCACGGCAGUGUAAAAGGAGUCUAAUGAAUGUUGAAUGAUGACUGCUUGGUCUACAAAAUGUCAGAAAAUGGUUAGAACAGUUUGUGAGUGUGUCCCUGAUUUUGGUCAUAAUACACAUAAGUGGUAAACAUAUGAUGGAAUAAGGAAGUAUUGACUUUGAUUUUUUCUGUAAAUCUACCUUUAUGCCAGUGAUAAAAAUAAGUUUAACAGUAACUUGCUUACAGAUUAAUCAUUGCUACUUUGUGGUAUAGAACACACAUUCUUUAUAGGAACCUGCUUAAAACUUCUUUGUUACAUUUUUACCCUUACAAAUCAUGCAUUUUCACUCAGGAACCUCUGUGUUCGAUAUCUAAGUCAAUCUAAACCACAAGUAGUUUAUACAAUCUGUCCUCAUUUGGGUCAAGUCUCCGUGCAAAACAUGUGAACUCAGCAACUAUAUUCUCUGAACUCGUGUCUUUCUGUGGCUGCAUUUAUGCUGUCCCACCUACGGCUGAUGUGUCACUGAUUAUACAUGUUGGUAAAUCUUUUUCAGUCAGAGUAAACAAACCUGUUCACUCUCUGGUGUUUGAAGGAAGUUAAAAAUUAUGUUCAACAUCCACCAGAAAAAAACCUUAGUGGACUUCAGAAUCCUGGAAGGCUGUGUUCAACUUUCCUCCCUCAUACUGUAUACAAUGUUGUAAUGUUGACAAUUAAA